AAACAAUAGUAUCCCCAGAUUAAUCACACAAAUAAAAAUGGUGAUUACAAUCCCUGGUCACAGUUCAUCGGCCCUCGCGGCGGCGAUUCUCCGUUUCCCGGCGACUCACCGGCGGUUCUCCACAAGACUCAUGGCCAAAAAGCGCUUCUCAACCAAAGCCACGGCCGCCGGAGCUCCGGCGGAUUCUCCGGCGAGUAAGACGAAGCCGUGGCUCAUCGUCGGACUCGGGAAUCCCGGCAAGAAAUACAACGGCACUCGUCAUAAUGUUGGUUUCGAGAUGGUGGAUGCAAUUGCUGAGUCGGAAGGGAUUUCGAUGAAUAGCGCUUCGUAUAAGUCCUUGUUUGGAAAAGGUUUAAUUGGAAAUGUUCCAGUUAUGCUAGCUAAACCUCAGACUUUUAUGAAUGUUAGCGGUGAGUCUGUUGGAGGGCUUGUGUCAUAUUACAAAAUUCCAGCACAGCAAGUACUUGUAAUUUAUGACGACUUAGAUCUCCCGUUUUCAAAGCUGCGGUUAUUGCCAAAAGGUGGACAUGGAGGACACAAUGGGAUGAAGAGUAUAAUUAGUCACCUUAAAGGAAGCCGUGAAUUUCCUCGUUUGAGAAUAGGCAUAGGGCGUCCUCCUGGGAAAAUGGAUCCCGCGAACUUUGUUCUUCGCCCAUUCAAUAAAAAAGAACGUGAAGAGCUAGAUUUUACAUUUCAAACUGGUGUAGAAGCAGUGCGCAUUUUGUUGACGGAAGGUAUUAACAAAAGUGCAACAUUCGUGAACACUCCCAAAACUUUGGAACAUCUCGGUUAGAUACACAAAGUGUUCCUGUUACAUAAACCGUGCUAGGCAGGCAUCUGAAUCUGCUUUUGAGUUCAGCUGUGUGAAGAGGGUUUCAAUAUCCAACACAUAUUUUAAAAAAGGCUUAGUUUCAGACGUAUCAAUGACAAGUCAAAUGUUGAAUAUUUGGAUAGAAAUUUUGUCGCGUUAAACAAAGGAAAGCUAUGGUUGACCACAAAAUGUGGGUAUACUAGAGAGAGGUAAUGGAUGGCCAGGCUUGUGGUCUCUUAUUCAAUAAUGUAAAGAUUUUCUCAAGCUUAAGUAGACCACAUGAUGUGGUUAUAGUAUAACUAGAGGGAGGUAAUGUCGGCCAUCUGCAUGGUUCCGUAUUCUUAAACUUGCAAAUAGGACCCUUAAAUUUUCUGUAUUAACUUAUUUUAGCUUUGGAUUGUGUCGUUUAAUUGACUACAGAUUUUACGUUCUUUAGCUGGCACAAUUGAGCUUUUAUUGUUUUAUGGCAAAUAUACACAGUUACAUUUUUCA